AUGAUCCGAUACCGGUUCCGACCUCAUAUAGUGGAUGGAGCUGUGACUGUACGCAGUGAUCGUUCAGACGAGGGCUGUGAUUCCAACGGAGUAGCCCAGCCGAGUUCCAGAGAGACUGCUGAUGGCCCAGGUGGUGAUUCCACUCUCCUGACGGAUACCGUUAAGCUGACGGAUUCAUUAAACCUGACGGAUUCCGUUAGCUUAGAUUUGUCUCCUGGCGAGGAGUGGCGGCACAUUCAGAUUGACGCCGGCAAGUGCUUCCGGGAGCAGGUGCUGCGGUGGUUCGUGCGCUGCAAGAUACCCACCAUUGACGCGCUGAUUCUCACGCAUGAGCAUGCUGACGCCAUACUGGGCCUGGAUGACGUCAGAGGGCUGCAGUGCAUCCCCCGCCAUGCAGCAGACCACGUGGAGCCCCUCUCCGUCUUCCUCUCCCGCCGCUGUAUGGCCAGCGUUCAAGACAAAUUCCCCUACCUCACUCUCACGCCCCCUCGCCCUGCUCCCUCGCUCCCACCUCCCUUCGCUGGCCCACCUGCUGCUGCCGCCGCUGCCACUGCCACUGCUGCCACUGCUGCUGCCACUGUCACUCCCCUUCCUGUGCAACAUGGGGAGGACUACAUAGCACUGGGGUUUGAGUUUGGCGGCCAUGAGCGUGUGGUGUACAUGUCAGAUGUCUCAAGGAUCCCCGACACCACACUCGCCUACUUGAAAGCCAGGCAGCAGCUUCUGGGUCGUAUUCACAUUCUCGUUAUUGACUCACUCUAUUUUGUAUGUGCUCAUGGCCGUUAUCGUUCUCGCAUGUGCCACAUCCUUCUGUUCUUGCAUUAA